AAUUUCACCGACCCUCUUUCACAUAUCUAGACCUCUCUCUCUCAGUAUUCAGUAGGGUUUUGUUCUCUCUUGUCGUCUUCUUGUUUUGUCCGUAACAUUAAUGUAAGUCUAAUCAAAGCCUGUUCUGAAACACUGUACUACUCUCGGUGACAAACCACUUCAUCACAGAAGUUUUCUGUCGACACUUUUGUCUUUGUCUCUCCCUCUAUAUACAAGAAAAUCCAAAACCCAAACCACAGUUUCUUGUUUUUUGUUAUCAAUAUGUCUGGUUACAUGCACCCUCUUCUAGGGCAAGAACUGCAUCUACAGAGACCUGAAGAUUCCAGAACCCCACCUGAUCAUAAGAACAUGGAACUCAGCAGAUCUGAAGCUGACGAAGCUGCAAAGGCCGAGACCACUCCCACCGGCGGAGUAACCAGCUCAGCCACCGCCUCUGGCUCUUCCUCCGGACGCCGUCCACGUGGCCGUCCUGCUGGUUCCAAAAACAAACCCAAACCUCCAACAAUUAUAACCAGAGAUAGUCCUAACGUCCUUAGAUCCCACGUUCUUGAAGUCGCCUCCGGCUCCGACAUAUCUGAGGCUGUCUCCACCUACGCGACUCGCCGCGGCUGCGGCGUUUGCGUUAUAAGCGGUACCGGUGCGGUGACUAAUGUCACCAUACGGCAACCGGCGACUCCUCCGACGGGUGGCGGUGUGAUUACACUGCAUGGUCGGUUUGAGAUUUUGUCUUUAACCGGAACGGCGCUUCCACCGCCUGCACCGCCGGGAGCAGGAGGUUUGACGGUGUAUCUAGCCGGUGGUCAAGGACAGGUUCUUGGAGGGAAUGUGGCUGGUUCGUUGAUUGCUUCGGGUCCGGUAGUGUUGAUGGCUGCGUCUUUUGCAAACGCAGUUUAUGAUAGGUUACCGAUUGAGGAGGAAGAAACUCCGCCGCCAAGAACCACUGGAGUGCAGCCGCCGCAGUCGGCGGCGUCUCAAUCGUCGGAGGUUACGGGGAGUGGGGCCCAGGUAUGUGAGUCAAACCUCGGAGGUAGAAACGGAGGAGGAGGAGUUGCUUUCUAUAAUCUUGGAAUGAAUAUGAACAAUUUUCAAUUCUCUGGCGGAGAUAUUUUUGGUAUGAGCGGCGGAGGCGGAGGCGGAGGAGGAGGAGAUGGUGGAGGUGGAGGUGGAGGUGUUACUAGACCCGCGUUUUAG